CGCACAACGUUGCCUUGUGCUUCAGCUCCCAGAUGCCGGCUAAAGGAGCUUGCUUCAGGCGACAGCCAGCUGUCCGCCGUCGGACCGAAGUCCGUCAGUUCCAGCGCAUGCAACCCUGGCACGCGCGGGAAGGUGCCCUGGUCACAGCCUUACUCCGCUUACAGUCUAGUCUUGAUAUUUUGUAUAGUUUUACCUGUCAAGAAUGCCCUCAAGUAGCCCCGGAACGACCGGGAGCGACCGCUUUAUGCGAAUGCCGCGCGGUGAUAGUGGCAGCGAGUCUCUCAUUGCCUCGACAACACGAAGACUCUCGCGUAUACGUAUUCCAUUCAAAGCGCCCUCGCUGCUCGACCGUUCCGCACCUUACUUCUCCGGCAUCAAGCGAUUUGGUAUCAGCAAGUUUCAGCACUACUUUCAGGACCCCUUCCACACGCUGCUGAACCUGCCAUGGCCGCGCUUCAUCUUCAUCUUCUUCCUGACAUACGUUGCGGAGUUCAUGCUGUUCGCAUUCCUGUUCUUGGCUCAGACCGACAAGUGUGUGAUCGGCAUGAACGGCAAGUUCGCGCACGCGCUGUGGAUGUCGUCGCGCACCGCCUCCACACUGGGUUUCGACCAGAUCCACCCCAACCCCGACUGCGUGCUGGUCAACCUCACAGUCAUGCUGCAGGUCAUCGCCAGCUCGCUGGUCAACUUCAUCAUGCUGGGUCUGGUGUUUGCGCGCUUCUCAGCGCCGUACAAGCGGGCCUCCACCAUCAGGUUCUCCUCUGUCAUGGUUUGCAACCGGCACCCGGCCAGCGGCCACUGGUGCCUGUCGCUGCGUGUGGCCAACAUCCGCAAACACCAGAUCCUGAAGCCCUCGCUGCGCAUGGUGCUGACGGCCGUGGACUCCAUCACGCCCUCCAACUACCUGUUUGAGCACCUGCCCAUCGACAGCCUGCACACACAGGAGACCAACCUGGAGCUGGGCUUCCCCGCCAACGUGACGCACGUGAUCUCCCCCGCCAGCCCGCUGUACAACCUGUCACUGCUGGAGAUGGACACACGCAUGAUGGAGAUCCUGGUGUUUGUGGACGGCAUCGACGCCAUGACCAGCAAGAACAUGACCGCCCGCCACGCCUACAACAGCAGCGCCGACAUAAAGGUCAACGAGGCCUUCCUGCCGCUGCACCUGGAGAUGCGCGGCAAGGCGCUGGGGCUGGACUUCUCCAGCUUCGACGGCACGCAGCUGGCCAGCACGGAGCUGCUGUCCGAGUACAACGCCGACCCGGGGCUGGCGGAGCGCCCGCUGCCCGAGGUGCAGUCGCACAUGUGGCACCUGAGGCACAUGACCUUCAAGCGGCUGACGGAGCGGACGGAGGGCGCCGUGAGCGCAGGCGGCGCGCCGCCGGCAGCGGGGGCAGGCGCAGCGGCAGGAGGGGGAGGGGCAGGAGGGGGAGGGGCAGGAGGCGUGGGUGGCGGGGUGGGGGGCAUCCACGGGGCGGGUCUGGGCCGCUCCGGCGCCAUGCACCUCCCGCCGUCCUCCGCAGCGGCGGCGGCGGGUCUGGGCGGGCACGGCGUGCGUGGCGGCGGCAUGGACAGCGGGAGUGUGUCGACGCCUAGCGCCGCCGCUGGCGGAGGCGGCGGAGGCGGAGGCGGAGGCCACUCGUUGAACCCCUUCACGGCGCACAUGGGCAUGGGUGCCGGCGGUGGCGGCGGCGGCGGCGGUCUGACUGGGUUUGGCUCUGGGUCCGGCGGUGGCGGCGGCGGCAGAGCUGGUGGAGUGGGGAGUGGCGGCGGCGGCGUCGGCGGGACGGGCAGUGGCGGCGGCGGGGCGAGCUCGUGGAUGGGGUUUGGCAUGACGCUCCAGCCCUCCCCGCCUCCCUCCGGCGUGCCCAUCUCCCAGUACCUAGGCCUGCAGCACACGGGGCUUCAGUCCUUUGCCGACCUGCCCGCGCCCCACCAGCCCGGCUUCUCAACCAUCGCCUACACGUCAGCAGGCGCGCCUGGCGGCGGCGGCGCCGCCGCCGCGGCGGCGCCUCUGGCGGCGGCGGCGCCGCCGGCGGCGUACCACCACCUGCCGCCGCCGCACCCGCAGCAGCACUACCCGCAGCCCGGGCAAGCGGGUGGCGCGACAGGCGGCGUGGGGCGCCCAGGAGGGGUUGGCGGGCUGCCGCCUGGAGGUGCGGUGGAGAUGCUGCCGACGUCGUCACCGGCGAUGGCUGGGGAGCCGCGUCUCAAUGGGAGAUGAACGCGGGCAUGGGCUGGGCGAGGGGUUUGAACGGUGCGCAGUAGGUGGGUACAUAGAGACAGAAGUGUCUGGUAUGGAGUCUGGUGUGGAGGUUUGUGUGCCGCCAGGACUUGCAUGCUGGGUACCGAUUUGCGUGGGAAAUGCACGGUGAGUGCGUCAGAGCCUCAGAUGCCCCUGGUCGGCUGGGCAGUGACAGUCCGCUGGCGAAUGUUGGCUGUAGAAUUCCCGAGUUGCUAAUGGAGAGGAGUACACGAGAGGAGUGCUUGUAAACGAUCGAGGAGUGAGGCUGUUGGUGGUAACGUGGUACGUGCUGGUGAUGAUUGGACCAGCGUCACUGACGGCACCGCUGACCGCUCCUCGUCACCGCUCUACGUGGCGGCCCGGAAUGUAAAGACGUGCUUGU